CGCGAUAUAAAGUGUAUAGUCUUCAAAACUAUGUGUUUUUGACUUAACGAGAGUUAGUAGUUGUUUAGUUGUUAUUGUAGUUGUUGGUGGUGGUGAUGAUAGAAAAUAAAAAUUUUGCUAAGAAUUUUUCUACAAAUCUUCUUGCAUCAAACUAUUGUUAAGUGAGUAAAAAUAUAUAUCAAAAAAUUCUUUGAAAAAAAAGUCUUUUAAAUACUUUCCAUGGAUGGUGUAACAGUAGUGAAAUGAUGGAUAUUGUAAUUGUGUCCAUUUAGUAAAGGAAUUUACGGUAUACUAACAAAAUUUGCAAGAAAAACAUCUCCCCUACACACGUUAAUAAACGUGAGGCCCAGCAUCCGUUUAGUGUGAGAAAAGCAAUAAAGUUUUGUUAUACCUACACAUGAAUGCAAGUACCAACAGCGGCAACGGACAUGCGCCAUAUUGCUAAACAAAAUUGGUAUUGGUAAUGUGUGCCAGCUGCCAACGCCAACAAUUACACUUGGCAGUAGACAGCACAGCAACUUAACGUCUAUGUGCAAAAGCAAAAUAAAAAACAAAAGCAAAAGCAUAAGCGAAGGCAAUAAAAUUGUACAAAUACAAAGAUAAUAUGUUUUUAGCCAAAUGAGAGCUGUAUUUAAGCCAACUUAAUAUAUAAAUGCAUAUAAAGAUAAAAAGAGAAGUUUCUUAGUUGAAGAGAAAUCGAAUUAAACGGUUUGUUCUUUUCGGAUAUUUCACAAGCUUAAGAAAUAAUUAAGUAUGGCUUUUGCGCGUCAUAAUAUCGAAAAGAGACGUUUAAUCGAAAUGGUGCGUUUAAAUCCUAUUCUAUGGGAUUGCCGUUUACCUCACUAUAAACGUUCGGAUAAGAAAAAGGCUUUAAAGUGGAAUGAAUUGGGCCGAAUCUUUAAUGUUAACGGUGAGCGGGUGCAGCGUACGUUCACCUCAUUAAGAGAAAUAUUUCGUCGCGAACUAAAUCAUGAGAAAAUGUUGGGAUCACGUUUCAAGUCCAAAUGGGAAUACUAUGAGGAAAUGGCUUUUCUUAAAGAAGUGAUACGUGAGAGGAAGUCCCGAGAACGUGCCAAAUCAGGUGACGUCCCGUCACACACCGUACAAAAUGUCUCUAACAAUAGUAAUGGCAUCGAUGAGUAUCAAUAUUUUGCUCCCAAUGAUCCUAACAAUCCACAAAAUCAACCUAAACAACCACAACAACCACAACAACAAUCAGUUCCCGCAUUAAGUUUAACGAUCCCUCAGCAAACAACUCCGAGUAUUUGUCAAGCAGCUCUUGUAACUCCUGUCAAUCCCCCAAAUACUCCGGUUACACCUCAGACGCCUAUACAAUUACAGUCGGAAAUGCUGCUUAAUUUAAAUGCCACGGCUUUAGCAGCUCUACAAAAAUUCACCGCCAACAGUAAUGGGGCAAACGCAAUAAGGCCUUUAUCGAGAGCCCGCUCUCUUAUAACACGCUCUUGUUCAUCGUCACCUUCAAUUUACAUUAAAGAAGAAGUAGACUCGUUAGACGACACGAUUUCUGUUGAUACCUUAUCUCAGUCAAAAGUGACAAAUAAUCGAAAAACGCUGUCUAUCGGCCGUAAUACCACUAAAGAUAAGCCCAAUCACGCAAAUUUGAAUAACAUUAAUAACAAGAACCUUCAUAACUCCAAUCAAAAUCUAGUCAUUGAUGAACAGGCCGACGGCAGUGAUUUAGAUGACGAUCCUGAUGUUGAUAUGCUCGAUGAUCGUUUAUCGAUAGCCACUUCUUUGGUAAGCUUAGUCAAAGAAACGCGUGGAAAUACCACCGUUGGCGCUAUUGGCGAACCGAACCCUAAAAAAACAUUACCCUCCCCAUAUGCUUUGCAAAGGCCUACGGCACGAGAGGUCUUGUACACUAAAUUCGGAGAAUUCUUAGCAGCACGGCUGAACACAUUAAAUGAGACUGUAGCCAAUGAACUAAUGAAUAAAAUUUUAAUGUUAAUCGCUGAAAAGUAGAGGUAUUGUUAUCCUUUUAUAUCUUCUAUCUACACAAAGUAUUAUACCUUUUUGGUUCUCUUUUAAAGAAUAAUGUUAAUAGAAUUUUUUUUAAAUAUGAUAAAGAAAAUCAGUCACGGAGUUAGAUGAUAAAUAAAUAAAAAU